AUGGGUGAUGGACUCGACCAUCAAUGUAAGCUCUGUGAAUUAACUCUUAUUUCAGCCGCAUGUCAGAACUGUUUUGAAAUUGGGUCCGACAAUUUGAGGAAAAACCCAGACACUCGCAAACACCCAGACCUACAUACCCGUGCAGGCAUACACACAGACAAACACACACACACACACGCAAAUGGUAGUACCAUUCGUCGUGACGGCCACAAGCAAGCAGCCGCACAGCUCUUAUUUUUAUUCUUUUCAGCCCUGUUUCAUUGCACCUGUUUCCGAUUUCACAAUUACCUAUUUGUACCUCUACCAGAUCAGUGUCACUCAUUGUGUUCACCUCGUGAUGACCUUUCACCUUCAAAUAACCAGUGA